UCACGUGCUGCAGUAUGCUGCCAUCUGUCGGCAGCAACCAAAUGAUGAACCCUUCAUCAGAACCUAAAGGAGCAGCUGCAGCAUACAUACAGCAGCAGGCUGCGAGGGUACCACAGGACUUCAGAGAAGCUAUGCUACACAUCCCAGUGAAGCCAGCAGACAACUCAAACAGGACAUAUGACGCAGCUGCUAAGAAAAAAACAGCCCAGAAACGAGCAGCAAAACCUUCUGCUGAUAAAUGGAAGUGUUCAUUCCAACCAUUAGUAGAUCAAGAUGACUCUCCAGACGCAAGCAAUUUCAGUUCACAAGGGGCUGAGAUUUAUGAUCCUUACGAUCCUGUCUCGUCAGACUCUGAGCACGAUAUGCGACUGGCCCAACGCCACAACCAAUCCCCAACCGAUCAAGACGACAACCUGAAGCGUCAGCGUUUGUCUCCAAGUACAGACUGCAAUAAAAAAGGCCCCUGGACCUCAAGCUACUCUGAGUCAGUUAACCUCGACAGGCAUGGCCUAAACCCUGAAACCAGACCCACCGUAAACCGAGGUCUCAGUCCAGAUCAUAGAUUGCCUGAACGACAGGUUUAUAGCCCCAACACUGAGUCCCUUGACCAUCCGGGUUAUGACUCCAUAAGUAGACCUCUGGACCACAGGGUCUGCAGCCCUGACAGGCUUUUUCAUGGCUCGUCCACCCAAAUGUUUCCUGCAUCUUAUGGAGGACAGGGGACCAAUGGGGAAGAGAGGAUAAUAAUCCCAGAAUACAGGAGAGAGAUGUCCACUACUGUUAGAUUAUCCCCACCCAUGUUACAGCGGGACUAUACACAUCAGUUGGAAUAUACAGGAACAGGACUGGAUCAAAUCCCACCUUCCACAGAGGUGCCAAGGAUCAGGAAAAUAAAUAUGAUAAUGGACAAUAGCCCCAUCUACUGUGACCUUUGCGACGUUGAGUUAGCCAAUGCCUUGAAGCUGGAGGAUCACUUGGAGAGCAAGAGUCAUUGGGACACCCUGGAGCACAUCCAGCAGCACAAUAAUUAUGAUGAUCUGACUAUAGCCUUCCUACAGAAAGUCAUGCUGCAUAAAAGCAAUCAGUGCAGCCGAGCCAUAGAGGAUAGUGCACUUCAAGCUCUCCAGGAAAACGACCACAUGACAAAGAUUGAAAUGUUCCACUGCGCGUCUUGCAGUGUCUUCCUGUCCACAUCUGCAUCCUCUGUGCACACUCACAUUACCUCUCGGGAACACCUCUCCAACACAAAGGAGUUUCAGGUGCAGCAGAGACGUUCCUGCCUUGACAAAGCAGACACUAUGAUCAAGGAGCUGAAACAUCAGUUUGAACACUUCCUGGAGGGUGGCAGCCCAUUCGAUGAUUGAAAUCAUUGAAAGACUCCAAAAUACAGUUUCGGAGGCUGUUUGCUUCAGAUGAAGAACUAGAAUAAAACCUCCAUUGCAACCACAUAAAUGCUGAGGCACCACUACUGUGUGCAGAUUUUGUCUGAAUAAAUGAAAAGGGCAUUUCGAGUCGAGGUUUGUUCACACAAUAUGGUUGUUCUUGUCGCUGUGUUCACACAUGGUUCCAUACACACAUUUGGGCACCUUAAGAAGAUAACGUUUGUAAUUGUAUUACAGAUUGAAUGGUCUUAUUUGUGUGGGGAAAAAAUAGAAAAAGUCAACUUGAUUCUUUGUUUUCUUUUAUUUAGAACAACACAAAUGUUUUAAGCAUUGUAUCUGUGUGAUAUAGUACAUUUAAAAUUAAAUUAUUUUAAAACAGUAUAUUCAAACAUUAAAUAUAGGUGACAUGUAUGAAGAGCAUCGUCAGCACUGGCUGUGCUUUGUUAGGUCUUUUUUUUCUUAACCACCUUCAGUUUUAAUUUUGUAUUUGUAUUAGAAACAAUGCAGUUACUGAAAUACUAUAAAACACUUUCUAUGCAUAA